CUCAAUCUGCUGGCCAUGGCUGGUCAAGAUCUUGAAGUGGAAAACCUUCCAAUCCCUGCAGCAAAUGUAAUUGUGGUGACACUGCAAAUGGAUGUAAGCAGACUGAACAUAACCUUGCUUCGGAUAUUCCGCCAGGGAGUGGCCGCAGCUUUAGGGAUCUUACCCCAGCAAGUGCACAUCAACCGCCUCAUUGGAAAGAAGAACAGUGUUGAACUAUUUGUGUCUCCUAUAAACCGAAAAGCAGGAACUUCAGAUGCUCUGCCGUCUGAGGAAGUGCUGCGUUCACUUAAUAUAAAUGUUUUACAUCAAAGUUUAUCCCAAUUUGGAAUUAUAGAAGUCUCCCCUGAGAAAAAUGUUUUACAAGGGCAGCAUGAAGCGGACAAAAUCUGGAGCAAAGAAGGAUUUUAUGCUGUUGUCAUUUUUCUCAGCAUCUUUGUUAUUAUAGUAACGUGUUUGAUGAUUCUUUACAGAUUAAAAGAAAAAUUUCAGCUUUCCUUGCGACAAGAUAAAGAGAAAAACCAGGAGAUCCACCUGUCGCCCAUUGCAUUACAACCGGCACAGUCUGAGGCAAAGACGGUCAACAGCAUGGUCCAGCCCGAGCAAGCCCCAAAGGUGCUGAAUGUGGUUGUGGACCCGCAAGGCCGAUACACUCCUGAGAUCAAAGCUACCACCUCUGUCUGUGCUUCUCCUUUCAAAAUGAAGCCCAUAGGACUUCAGGAGAGACGAGGGUCCAACGUAUCUCUUACAUUGGACAUGAGUAGCUUGGGGAAUGUCGAACCCUUUGUGGCUAUCCCAACCCCACGGGAGAAGGUGGCAAUGGAGUAUCUGCAGUCAGCCAGCCGAAUACUCACAAGAUCACAGCUGAGGGACGUCGUGGCAAGUUCACAUUUACUCCAAAGUGAAUUCAUGGAAAUACCAAUGAACUUCGUGGAUCCCAAAGAAAUUGACAUUCCACGUCAUGGAACUAAAAAUCGUUAUAAGACCAUUUUGCCAAAUCCCCUCAGCAGAGUGUGCCUAAGACCAAAAAAUGUAACUGAUUCUUUGAGCACCUACAUUAAUGCUAAUUAUAUUAGGGGCUACAGUGGCAAAGAGAAAGUAUUCAUUGCCACACAGGGCCCCAUGAUCAACACCGUGAAUGAUUUCUGGCAGAUGGUUUGGCAGGAAGACAGUCCCGUGAUUGUCAUGAUCACAAAACUCAAAGAAAAAAAUGAGAAAUGUGUGCUAUACUGGCCAGAAAAGAGAGGAAUAUAUGGGAAAGUUGAGGUUCUGGUCAUCAGUGUAAAUGAAUGUGACAACUACACUGUUCGAAACCUUGUCUUAAAGCAAGGAAGUCACACCCAACAUGUGAAGCAUUACUGGUACACCUCAUGGCCUGAUCACAAGACUCCAGACAGUGCUCAGCCUCUUCUACAGCUCAUGCUGGAUGUCGAAGAAGACAGACUUGCUUCCACAGGCCGGGGGCCUGUGGUUGUCCACUGCAGUGCAGGGAUCGGUAGAACGGGGUGUUUUAUUGCUACAUCCAUUGGCUGUCAACAGUUGAAAGAAGAAGGAGUUGUCGAUGCUCUAAGCAUUGUCUGCCAGCUUCGUGUAGACAGGGGUGGAAUGGUCCAAACCAGCGAGCAGUAUGAAUUUGUGCAUCAUGCUCUGUGCCUGUAUGAGAGCAGACUCUCGGCAGAAACUGUCCAGUGA